ACGCACGGGAGCCCCGCGGGCGGGUGGGGAGCGCGGCGCUGCCGCAUUCGGGGCUCGAGCUGCCGGAGCCCAGGCUCGGUGCGUCCUGGUCCCGCGCGCGCCGGGCGCCGGCUCCGCUCCCGCAGGCGGGUCUCCUGUCUCUCUCACCCGUCACGAGAUUCCCACAGUACCGAACAACUGGUAAACCCGAGUGGCUGUGUCUGGCCGCCAGGGCCCGGCCUGUCUGUCUGAGAACCUCCCCCCGCUGUCUGUCUGCUUCUCCUUCAUCGUAAUCAAUAUUGAAAGCAGAACUUCCAUCGAAUCUCACUUCCGGGCUCCUACUGGAUCUGCUCGGCUGCUUGCACUGAGCUCUGGGCCUUUAGCUUCAGCUGGGAGACGACAGCGCCUGGUCCAUGCACCGAGCUCCGUUCUCGGGUGGCUGGGAAUCGCCUGGAAGCCCCUAACUAACCAUGAUGGGGACUGGCUCCAAGAAAAACCCAGAGGCCGUGGUGGCUCCGCAGCCGGUCAGCACCGCGAUGCCUGUGGGCUCCAUGGAGAACGUGACCAACACCACGAGCCUGAGUGACAGCAAGGAGGACAUAUUUGCCAAGCUGAAGGCCAAGUUCAUGAACGAGCUGAACAAGAUUCCCCUGCCUCCCUGGGCCCUGAUUGCCAUCGCUGUGGUAGGCGGCCUGCUCCUCCUCACCUGCUGCUUCUGCAUCUGCAAGAAAUGCUGCUGCAAGAAGAAGAAGAACAAGAAGGAGAAGGGCAAAGGGAUGAAGAACGCCAUGAACAUGAAAGACAUGAAAUCGGGGAACCAGGACGAUGACGACGCGGAGAUGGGCCUGACGGAGGGAGAAGGCGAGGAGGAGGAGAAGGAGCCAGAGAACCUGGGCAAGCUGCAGUUCUCGCUGGACUAUGAUUUCCAGGCUAACCAGCUGACGGUGGGCAUUCUCCAAGCGGCCGAGCUCCCGGCACUGGAUAUGGGUGGCACCUCGGACCCGUAUGUCAAAGUCUUCCUGCUUCCGGACAAGAAGAAGAAAUACGAGACCAAAGUGCAGAAGAAGACCCUCAACCCGGCCUUCAAUGAGACUUUCGUCUUCAAGGUUCCCUACCAAGAGCUGGGCGGGAAAACCUUGGUGAUGGCCAUCUACGACUUUGAUCGCUUCUCCAAGCACGACAUCAUUGGGGAGGUCAAGGUGCCCAUGAACACAGUGGACCUGGGCCAACCCAUUGAGGAGUGGAGAGACCUGCAGGGCGGUGAGAAAGAGGAGCCAGAGAAGCUGGGAGAUAUCUGCAUCUCGCUACGGUACGUGCCCACCGCCGGGAAACUCACCGUUUGUAUCCUGGAAGCCAAGAACCUGAAAAAGAUGGACGUGGGGGGUCUCUCAGAUCCAUAUGUGAAGAUCCACCUAAUGCAGAAUGGCAAGAGGCUGAAGAAGAAGAAGACCACUGUGAAGAAGAAGACCCUGAACCCCUACUUCAAUGAGUCCUUCAGCUUCGAGAUCCCCUUUGAGCAGAUACAGAAAGUGCAGGUGGUGAUCACCGUCCUGGAUUACGACAAACUGGGGAAGAACGAAGCCAUCGGCAAAGUAUUUGUUGGCUCCAACGCCAGCGGCACGGAGCUGCGGCACUGGUCCGACAUGCUGGCUAACCCCCGGCGGCCCAUCGCCCAGUGGCACUCCCUGAAGCCGGAAGAAGAGGUGGACGCAUCGCUUGGGAAGAACAAAUAGGAAGCUCCAUAGCCCAGCAUAACCUACGGACAUUCUAAGCGACCCAGAGCUAUCGAUACCUCAGUUAUGUAACCUUUGGUUUUUGCUUCCGUUUUCUUUUAAGCUGCAAUACCCUUUGGUUGCUGUGGAAGGGUUUCCAGACAGUCCUGAGCGCUGUCAGGGGAAAUGGUGAAAGACAGGGAUGGUUCUUUUCAUUCUGCAAAGUCGCUUCCUUCCGCUGCAUGUCUCAUCGUUUCUACGUGCUGUUCUUUGAAAGCGUAAAGCCAGCUUCUGCCGUGGGUCCCAGAGGUGCCAGGCCGUGGCAGGGCAUCGUCUUCCUUUCUCUUCGGUUUUACACUGGGACCUUCAAACCUUGUGCGAAGGUGACAACUGAGCCUGUACAUGUGAGUUGACCAGAUACACUGUGCUUGCUUUGGGGAUACAUACAGCUGGACUAGGCAGGUCGGUGGAGAAGAACUGUGAUGAGCAGCUCGGCGACUGCUUUGACUCCCAUCAGCCACCCAGAGAAGUGAGAGGACAGCCGCGUUGGGACUGGAACGUCCAAGGCUCCGUCGAACAUCUUAAGAUUUAGUUUUUUCUGGUGCGACAGGUGCAUUGCUGGGCAUACAGACCCUGGGCUAUUGCCACCCCGUGGCACCUAGGUAGGGUAUUGAACCUUGCAGCUCCCCCCAUGUGAUUGCCAGAGAAGGGGAGCGGUUACACGGCGGGUGCAUGUCUUUGAUAACUGAACGUUCAAUCUCAGUGCAGGACAGAGCACAAAAGAGUCUUGGUUUUGAAAAACGGCAUCAUGGGAUGUUUAUGCAAAUGACCAUUGCAAGGCAGGCUUACAGUAGCAGCUGGACUUGAGAGGGGCCCACCCAACCCAAGGUUGAUUUACCAAAAUGGCUGAUUAAAGCCAUCUGUGGAGCUUAAAUGACAUCUUAAAUGAAAGCAGCUCUGGGGUGAUUUGCAUACCUGUCCCAUCAUGCCUUGCACUACUGUACAUCUUCUGAAGAUGCACGACCUAAAAGUGUACAGAGCCAGAUGUGUCCCAGGGGAGGGUUUACGGUACAAGGUCUUCAGAACUCCAGGCGAGAGGGUGGAGCUGGGGUGUUAUUGAGGCAGGUGCAAAUCCCUCCCGCUGUUUCUGCCAGUGUGGCCGCCUGUGACCCAAUGCUACUGAGUUACUCAGUGAGCGGCUCGAAUGCGGUGCUGGAGCUGCUGUGUGACUAGAGUGCUCGCUCCAGCCUUCCUGUUGAGGCUGUUCCACUUUAAUUAACUGUUACUUGGGCCCCAGCAACGUCAGAAGCUGUCUAUAGCUCAGUGGUCUGGGCCAGCCCCUGAGAUGUUGGACAUGCUGAUUUAAUUCCUGCCUCUGCUUGCUGAGAGGAAGAGUCGGUUAAGUGCUCUUAUCCUUGUUCUUGCCCGUGGAAGCUUGGCCGCUUCCAUUAAGUAUUGGUUGGGCCCACCCAAGGGUUAAGAUCGCUCUGUAGUCCAGUGGUUAGUGUACUUGCCUGUGUUGUGGGUGAGCCUAGUGCCAGUCUCCCCUGUGCCCCCUAAGAAGGGGUUUGGACAGGGAUUUCCUCCCUCCCAGUGACUGAGGUAGGGGGGCAGUCCUUGUUUAAAUCCCAUCUCCUUUGCAGGAGCCAUUGUCUUCCUGGGAUGGGGGUCAGUCCCUGGGAUGUGGGCCAAUUAAUAUUUAAGUAAAACCAGACCCCCUCUGAAUCAGAAUUAAGCCUCAAACCUGGAUUGCCUACACCCCAGCCGCAGAGCAUAACCACAGGGCUACAGGGGAACUCACAGCAGAAAGGUCUCAAUCUCCCCGGGUGAAGUUGUUCCACUUUAGAGUUACAAUUAAUUCAGUAGGUACUGGGCUACACCGGGAAAGAAGGGAGCUGUGUGUUAGUCCCUCACUAGCCCAGUGGUUAGGGGACGUGCCAGGCAUGGUGAGGCUGUGAGUUUGUGCCCAAAACACCGUGGCCUCAGCGAAAUGUUGUGGUUAUAAACUCUGCCAGCGGGGCACUCCCCCAGUAGCUAAUGCAGCCAGAGCCCCACCUUUGUGGCCCUGACAAGGGCGUAGGGCACUGGAACCAGGCUCUCCCACACCCCAGCUUGGGCCUUAACCUCUUGGCCAGAGGGAAUUGCCCCCCAAUCUCCCCCCUUGACGCUGUUCCACGCUGUAGCUGGGCCAGAGACCCAGCCCAAGCAGUGACUUUCUCGCCCAGUAGUAGUGGCCCUCAGCUGGGCUGUAGGAGUGUCAGGUUUAAGCCCCUAUCUAGAUACUGUCUGGACUGCCUGAGCUAGGCAGUGCCCUCACGUGGGGGCGUGUGCCUGCAGGGCUUUGCUUCCUGGCACGAACGAGACUUUCCACAGCAGGCACCACCACCCCGCCAACACAGCCCAGAGGCUGGGCCGCUCCAGCAACGGCUGCCAUCAAAUCUGAGUCAGCCUCAAACUUGGCUCUCCCACUCUCCAGGGGCUGAGCCUAACCCCGGGGGAAGCCAGACCUUGAGGCUCUGGCACCCACUCUCUGCCCUGUGGAAGCUGUUCCACAUCAUAGUGUUAAUUAAGCAUUGGGCUGGAAGAGGAAGAAGGGCAGUUGGGACGGUCUCGGGGCCCAGAGUUGCUAUAAAGUCUGGGGCAGCUGGGCGUUGUGGGCUAACAGGAAGCCUAGUAAACAGGAAGCCAGGAGCACACCCAGGGUGAGAGCCAGCUCAAACACUGUGUGUCUGGCUUUGCCAUGAAACCCCUUGAGAUAAUCUCAGUCACUGUGCCCAUGGGGUGGAUGAGUAGUUGGCCCGGGUGGUGGUGGGGUGCUCUCUCACCCCCUUCCAGCAUCGUACACAGCUAAGACGGGAAGCACGUCGGCUAAGAGAGACUGAAUCCAUUCCAAACAAGGACCAAAGGUGCCCCAAAGGCCAAAGUAUCUGCUGCUUACCACAAGGCCUGCUGGCUGAUGAAUCCAGUCCAGUUCCUUUGCCUCCCGCCAGAUAUAGGCCAUAUUCCCCCCUCCCCCAAAGAGCAGUGAAUGUCUUUUCAGGGGGCCAGGACUGGACCUAUAAGGAAACAGGCUCACGUCCUGUCCCUCCUAGAGCGUUUCCUGAAGUAACAAGAAGAAACCACCCACCUUCCCAAUUCGGUCCACUCUGUACCUGAGAAGACCAAGCCAGUUUCCCAUUUUCUGGCUCUAAGGGGCCUUCAACGUUACUGGCUUUGCUUUGGUUGAACCAGCGCGUUGAAUAGUAGCAUCUGAUACGCAUCCACACUGUGGUUUCCUUUCCUUCUGUGAGUCCAGUCCUGUUUUAUUCUGGACCUUUUGCAUAAUAUCCCUCAAAGGACCUCGCUGCAGCCCUGUGCCAGCCAGCUCUGGAGUAUCCUUGCAAAUUUCCCUGAUUACCAGCUACGUUUUCCUGGCAAUGUGGCUUGGCCUAUGGAAGUGUCUUUCCAGGGGAAGUUGUGACUGGCCAUGCCACUAGAAAAUGUUCUAGCAGGACAGCUCCUGCCUGGGACUCUACCCAGGCCUUCCAGCCCCACAGCUUGUGGUUUAGAGAAGCAGACUGCAGCACCAAGCAGCUGCUGACAUACUUUUGUGAGUACGAAGAGCAAGGAGAGCCAGAGUAGUAAGCUUUGGUGUGGCCACAGGCAUGUGCCCAGCAGUCCGGGACAUCUCACAGGAGGUGGAAUUCACCCAUGCCCAGAGAGUCUAAGUCAUGGGGAGAGGGGUGGACAGUUUCACACCCCUUACACCCAAAUACAAUUGGGGAAUGUUUCACUCCCAACCCCCUCUCCACCCUACUCUUUCCCUCUGACAAUUAUUGAUCCUUUAUUUGUACUCGUUCCCCCCUCCCCCCCAACCCUUACCUUUUAAGUCCUGCUGGAGUUUCAAUAUUUAAUCAGUAGGAGAGCUCCGUGCACCCAUGAGCCUGGCAGUGGGGCAGUCGUACUAAUGGUAACUAGGGAAGCGUACAUUUGUUCCCAGUUCGAAGGCCACGAGGUUGCAGGAGGGAGCCCUCAUGGAGUUCUGGAUCCGUACAUGAGCUUUAAACAGAAGCCAGCCUGACUGCUGAUCAUAUGGCCGUGCUGCACAACGGCAAAGGCCAGGAGGUCCAAGGAGCAGAGGUAGCGAUUCCACACAGCGGAGCGUCUGAGCUCUGCACCCGGCUGUCUCAGAACUCCUGCUGCCUUCGCCUGACGGGAAAGUGAGCAAAGCAGCCCUCGGCGGGUUACAAGCAUGGUCUAAUGAGUGUCCCCUUUUCGUAAAGGGCGGUGCAUAUGCCUGCGAUAGACACACUUGUACCACCCCCUCCAUUCCAAAAUUAGAGUUGGUCCAAGAAAGUGAAAGGUUAAUGGGCUUUUUAUGAACCAGGGUGACCUAAUAAACACACCAGAGCUCCGUGAGUUAAUGUACUCAGGAGAGUAAACCCAACAUGCUCUGCUUUCACGCCAGGCCUUGGACUGUUGCCCCAUACUACUUACUUCCAUUGCUGGGGUCCCUAAAUCAGCAUCUAAGGCCGUGUCCCACCACUGCCGGGACUGUCGGUCAGUUUAUUAUUACAGACAAUACGAAGGGUGUUAAAAAAAACUCAUGUCUGGGACUGGGGGAGAGAAAAUAAUUGGGUGAGCAGAAUGUGAGUUCAACACACCUGCCUUUGGAUCAGCACAGGACACAGGUGGUGGGUGGGCCACAGGGGGGACAACCCCCCCUCCCAUUUUGCUCCCCGCUCCACUGGCCUCUAUCAGGCGUCAACUCCUCUGGAGUGGACACUGCACCCCCAGAAUCCAGUCCUGCUUGACCGAAUUUGGCACAUUUUUAACUUGGACUGUUUAAAUGUGUGUGGAGGGAGAAGGGGGUGGGGACUGUGACUUUAACCCCCCCCUUUUUUAAGGGAAAAAGCCCCCCCUCCACAUACUCAAGCCAUCUGAGCCACAUCCAAAAUCUCUUCUUGUAUAUGUAGUUAUAUAUAUAGCUCGCUACGACAACCAGCCAGCCUUGGUACCAAUGCAUGACAGAUCACCACUAUGUACCUAGCAGCAUGCUGAGCGGAGAAUCCAGACGCUUCGUUACGCCUCCGAGCCAUCGUCCAUUGGGCAGAACACACCCAGGCUGCAGCGUGGCCGGAGGGGGUUUAUUUUCCCCAAGAGGCUAGAGUGAGCCCUAUAAAAAAACCACCCAUUAUUGCCCAAGUCAGCAGGCUCCACGAUCAGUUUAUUUUCAAGUUAAAAAUAAAAAAUAAAAAAUAAAAAAAAAAACGGUAAGGAACAAAGCAUGCCUGCCGCAUUCACAACUGUUUGAGGGGUAACUAACAAGCCAGUAGGGGGAUAAGUUCAUGUGUGUCUUGUAAUCGAUCCGUGCAAACCUGUACCGUGUUCAAUUUAUGCCAUGUCCAGUAGCAGCAGCUUUGUGGCGUUCCGUCCCGUGUUGAUGCAUUUUACUGUCACAGCAAACUUAGAAGCCAUAUUAGACCACGGCCUGCCAGGAUCCUCGCCUGGGCUGGGCCGACAGGUGAUCCUCUGUGUCCUCCUGGCCCCUCUUGGUCAUGUCUCUCCCUGUGUUUUGUUAAGGAUCUCCCAAGCCCCCAUCCUGGGGGAGGGCUGGCUCAGGACGCUAGCCUUUGCCACGGCCUGGAGGUUAGUCCUCACCGUGGCUUGGCGCUACGUCCAAGCUGGAGCCCCGUACAGCUGGGUUUGGAAUGUCACGGUUUGAAACGCUGGGAUCCCGUUCUUACACGCCAGGGGCAAAUGCUGGAGCUCCUUCGGCAGACGAGCGUGGCCCGAAUCCGAACCCCGUGAGCGCCUCGGUGCUAGCCCUAACCAGUCUGAUGGAGGCUGAGGUCCUGUCUGUUGUAUCAUGAGCUUCUUUGGGGGACAGAGACUGCAACUGGGAUCAGGCCUGCUAUUGCUCCCGACACAGCCUGACCCUGGCUCUCCAGCUGGGGCACUGGGGCAACGGAGCAGGUUUCGGACGCCGUGACAAGCAGGGAUGGGUAGGGCCACCGCCCCUCUGGAUCAAGGGCAGCUGCCAGGCCAUCUAUGUGGCGCUGCAUGGGAUAGAAGUUGCUCUAGUUCCUGCCAUUGGGGCCAACUCUCAAGCCCCCCGGGGAGACAGGCGUGGGUUUAGGGGCAGACAGAGCAUCAUGCCCCCUAGUGAGAGCUGGAGCAUGCACUGACCUCGAGUCCAGCUCUCUGCUGCCUUCUGGGCAGAGGGACCAGGCCCAGGUGAGUCCGGUUGUUGCAACCACACAGCUCUGCCGGCUCGCAGCAGGAGCGCUAUUAGUCAUUGGGACAGGUGCACAGUAGAUCCUGGGGCAUUAAGGGGCUUCAAGCCAGACUGGAUGUUCCCCUAAGAGGAUUCCUCUGUCUCAGCCACAAGUCACGGGUGCUCUGGCCUGUGCUAUGCAGGAGCUCCAAGGAGAAGAGCAGAAUGGCCCCUUAUGCCCCUCAAACCCAUGGAUGUGCGCGCCCAUCGCAGCCCCCGAAGGGAAUCCAACCCCGCCCUCUGGAGCAGCUCAUGGCAGUCCUCAGCCCCAGAGCAAGCCCAGCAGGGGAUGCAGGGCUGACCACUGGCCUGGGUCUCGGGAUCAAGCAGCAGGGGAGGGAAGCUGUAGGCAAGAGGGGGGCAGGGCUCAGGCCUUCAUGUCCUGCAUGCACAGCUGCAAAAAGCUGGGAAAUUCCUGCUCGCAACAGGGGUACAUCCCACUUCAGUGUCCACCCCGCCCCCAGCACAGGCCCAGGGGUAACAGCCACCGGGGCUCUGCUCUGCUGCCUUUGGGAAGGAAAGGGAUCUCAGCCUUCAAAACCGGACAUUCAAGCACCAGGGUGGGGUCCUGCCUUCCUGCCCCCUCCUCUGCCCCUGAGGGGUCUAUAUACAAAUCUCUUCCCUCCCAUCUUGAGAUCAUCCAGGUCUCAACCCCUUCCUGGCAUCUCUCGCAGUGCACCCGUCUCUGCAGCACUGAACUCCGGCAGGAAACUGCUUUUAACACCCGCCCCCUUGUGUGGUCUCUGUUGUUUCUGUCUCUAUUGUUAAACUGUUAUUUUGUAACAAUGUCCGUCUCCUUAUUAAAGAAAUGAUCUGAAAGCA